AUGGUUAGGGAGCGAACCUGGAAGAGAAAAAAAAACGAAAAGGGUCGUUGUGGCGCCGUCCUAAUUGAAAAGCGAGAAGAAGAGAUCUGGGCCGUUUAUGGGGAACGUUGGAGGAGUGUGAAAAAUGGAGGGCGUGGAUUAGGCGUAGUAUCACACUCAAAGAACCUGGGUAGGAGUAACGAACGUGAGGUUCAUUUUGUAAGCGCAAGAAAGGAAUGGAAAGCCACUCUCAUUCUGUGUCAAUGA